AUGCGUGAGUAUGAAAUUGAGGUGUUCAAGGGCCUCCGACAAACAGAUGGCGGACGGGUGUCCACUCGUCCGGGGUGCAUCACGAUGCACACGAGCUACUGGAACUACGAGGUGUGCCCUGGCCGGUGGAUUCGGCAGUACCGCAAAGAUCAGGAUGCAAUUGCGGAAGAGCACAUUCUAGGCGUGCAGCAUCGGUGGAACCUCAUGGACGAGGUGGGCUCCAGGGUGCUGCAAUACCACGACGGGCCACAGACUCUACCGGAACGGUUGAAGGCGGCAGGCACAACAAAUGAUCCAGCAACAACAGAGUACACAUGCACCAGCAGUGGGGCAUCUCAGAAUAGAAGGCAGGUUGAUGAGGUGUAUUUGGAGGGAUCGCCGUGUGGGCCGGGUUUUCGCCGCACCGUCAUUCUACACCUUGUGUGUGAAGAGGAAGCACAUGUUCCAAUUAUAGAACUGGCUGAGCCAUUCUUGUGCAACUACGACAUCACCAUGAUGUCAAGGGCUAUAUGCGACGCAAUGUACGGGCGAGUCCCAGCUUACACCGAGUUGUCGGACGCGGAUAUGAAGUUCGCACUGUAG